GGUCAGGAACACACAGUGAGGAAACCACGCCACCAUACACCAUACACAGUGUGAUCAAUUAUAAAGCCACUGUGCAGAGAAGAUCACUGUGUAUAGUUUACUUCUCAUCUUUCUUUCUUUUUCUUUCUUUUUUUUUUGGACCAUGGACAUUUUGGAGAAGCAGCUGAUUUGUCCAAUUUGCCUGGAAAUCUUUACAAAACCUGUAGUGAUUCUGCCAUGCCAACACAACCUCUGCCGGAAAUGUGCAAAUGACAUAUUUCAGGCGUCAAACCCAUAUCUUCCCACCAGAGGAGGGUCAGUGACUUCAGGCGGCCGUUUCAGAUGCCCAUCCUGCAGGCACGAGGUUGUUCUGGACCGCCAUGGGGUUUACGGACUGCAGAGGAAUCUUUUGGUGGAAAACAUCAUUGAUAUGUACAAACAGGAAUCCACCAGUAGCAGACCUGCUCCAGAGAGGACAGAUGACCAGCCCCUGUGUGAGGUGCAUGAGGACGAGAAGAUCAACAUCUACUGCUUGACCUGCAGCAUCCCUACCUGCUCCUUGUGCAAGGUGUUCGGCUCUCACAAGGACUGUGAAGUGGCACCUCUCAAAAAUGUAUAUCAAGUUCAGAAGACAGAGCUGACAGACAGCAUAGCAAUGAUGGUGGGCAACAACGACAGGAUCCAAGGCAUCAUUAGUCAGUUGGAGGAGACCUGCCGGGCCAUAGAGGAGAAUGGCAGGAGGCAAAAAUCACAUGUGUGUGAGAAGUUUGACCACCUCUAUGCCAUCUUAGAGGACAGAAAAAGGGAGAUGAGUCUCAAAGUGACAGCUGAGCAGGACGAAAAGCUGAACUACAUCCGUGGACUCAAGAGGAAGUAUGAAGAUCACCUGGAGAACAUGACCAAGAUUGUGGAGUCAGGGAUCCAAACGAUGGAGGAACCAGAGAUGGCUGUUUUCUUACAGACUGCAAAACCUUUGUUACAAACGAUGAGCGAGGCCACGAAUACAUCCCACUUGGAAAAAGUGGAGCGUGGCUACGAGAGCAUGGACCAUUACUCCAUUGACUUCAAGAAAGAACGUGGCGCUUUAAGUGCUAUAAACUUCAUCACAGAUGAAGAUGAGGAAGAGGAAGAUGGAGAUGUAGUGGGAGCAGAGAAAGAAGUCCACAAAGAACAGGCUACUUCAGGAGGAGCAAAUGCAGGGUUGCUGAGCAGCCAACCUGCUCCUCUUCCUCUGCCUCCAAAUCCAGUCAAAAACACCAGCUCAUAGCUCUCCAACUUCAGAAUUUAUUGCAGUUUACAGAUUUCAAUUUGUAUGAAAAGUAACAAAAGUUAAGUUGACGAUUAGGGGUGGGGUUAACAUUUGUCUUUUUUUAACAUAGUAAAUUCACCUACAUCUUCUUCACUAGUACAGAUACAUCCAUCAAAGGCUUGAUUUAGUGUCUACAUGUGUAAAUGUUCAGGCACCUAUAACCUAAUGAGUUAUUGAUAGUGAUGAAGCUUGAAAUAUGCAGAAGUCACAACAUCUACAGCCAUGGCAUUUGCAAUAUUUGACCUCUUGCUAUACAGGAAACUACCCUGAAAAGACAAUCAGACUAAACAUGAAUAAAAUUCACCCGACACAAAAGACAAUUCACUGAAGGGGAAAGGACGCGGGAUGUGAAAGACACAAAUUACUGUAGCGCCGGUUUUAUCUUGGUGACCAGUGAAUUCACAAGCUUCGGUCUUGUGAGGCAGGACAGUGGUCUCUUUGGUCGGAAAAAAUUUUUUUUGGAGGAGCCUCUUAUCACUGACUCAUGCUCACACAGGACUUUUGCGUUGACAUUUCCUAACCCCACACCUGGGGGAUUUUUUUUUUUAAUUUUGUUGUCUCGUCUAAUAUAAUGCUAGGGUUUAAAAGGGGGUAAAAUUAAUCUUUUCCUUUGGUAGAAUUUGCUAGAAUUUUCUUGUUAGCACUUCUGAAUAUGGUAUACUUCACAGAUAGCUGAUUUUCCCUGUUUUUAUGAACUGAAAAAAAAGACUAGGUAUAAAUCAUAGUGGAUUGGCACAGAGUUUGUUUUUGUGUGAUAUUUUUACUCAAGUCGGCACCAUCAGACUGUUUAUUUUAAAAGUGACAAGAUCUCCUUUUAACGCAUGCUCAUUUCCAAUGUCACUGAUGUAGAAUAUAACAUGUUUCAGUCAUUCAUGUUAAUUUCUCCAUGAGGGAAUGAGGGAAUGGGGUUUUCGUUAUCUCUAAUGCUGAUUGUAAUGAGGUCCAGAGAUCUGGGAAAACCCUGUCCCUAUGGUCUGAUGUUUGUUAGCACUACUCACCUUGGUCACCUGUGGUAUAAAUGCAAUGUCUGAGUGAUGAA